AUGCCCACAUUCACCCACUCAGGCGGGCUCGCCGAGGCAGCCUGCUGGCAAGCACUUCGGCAAGACAUCUACGCCUCGAUGGUACAUCUGCGUGCCACCGAGCUUUCACAGAACUACGAUCAAUCAUCGGUGUUCACAUUCCGAGACGAUGCAGCUUGUGCCAACGUAGUCGUGCUUCGCUUCGCCAAGAUCUUACGCCUAGCGCACAGACAGGAAGGACAAGAAAGCGACUAUGCCGCUUGGAAACGAAUAGCUGAUGAUGUUGAAGCAUGGAACGAUAGAAGAAAUCGCCUGUUCCAACCCAUCCACUACAAAGACUUUGACCUCGCCGAAAGCCGGCCUUUCCCCUUCAUCAAUCUGAUCAGUCCUCCGCAAGGUUCGUUGGCGGAAGAGAGUUCGCAUUCUUCUUCACGAAGCAACUUCUGACCCCCCGUGACAGUCGCCGCUCUGCAAUACUACCACGCCUGCAAGACAUACCUACUUCUGCAUCAACCCGAUCCGGAAUCGCUUUCCGGAUUCCAUGCAGCGAGACGAAGGCGCACGCUUGAGGUAAGAUGGCCCGAUACUUCGAGGCCGAACCACGGCUAA